AUGGAUUACCAGAAUCGCGCAGGUUCCAAGUUUGGUGGAGGAGGUGUCGCCUCACAGUCUGCGACGAACGCCGAUCGAAGAGAACGUCUUCGCAAGCUUGCACUCGAGACGAUUGACCUCGACAAGGACCCGUACUUCUUCAAGAACCACGUCGGUAGCUUCGAGUGCCGUCUCUGCUUGACAGUCCAUCAGAACGAUGGCUCAUAUCUCGCACAUACGCAAGGAAGGAAGCAUCAAACAAACUUGGCGCGCCGUGCUGCAAAGGAGCAGAGAGAAGGGAAAAGGGACGAUGUCGGCCAGCAAGGACUGCUUGCUGGAGUGGUGCCCAAGAAGAACGUCAUCAAGAUUGGGCGGCCUGGAUAUCGCAUCACAAAAGUACGCGACCCCAACACGCGUCAAAAUGGCCUGCUAUUCCAGUUCCAAUUUCCAGAUCUCACCCCUGGCGUAACCCCCAAGGUCCGUAUCAUGAGCGCAUACGAGCAGAGGGUUGAAGAGCCCGACCCAAACUACCAGUAUCUCAUUGUUGCCGGAGAGCCUUAUGAAACUGUUGCGGUCAAGUUGCAGUCCCGUGAUAUCGACAGGAGAGAGGGCAAGUUCUGGUUCUGGUAUGACGAAGACGCCAAGGAAUUUUGGUGCCAGAUCUUGUUCAAGACUGAGCGUGACGAACGUUUCAGCGCAGUUCCCGGUCUUGCACCCGGCCGCAAGUGA